AUGGCCACCUCGCUCCGCAGCAUUAAGGCGCUCGUCCCGCUCCUCGACCGCGUGCUCGUGCAGCGUGUCAAGGCCGAGGCUAAGACCGCCAGCGGCAUCUUCCUUCCCGAGUCGAGCGUCAAAGAACUCAACGAGGCUAAGGUGCUCGCCGUCGGCCCCGGCGCCCUCGACCGUGACGGCAAGCGCGUCCCCAUGGGCGUCAACGCCGGCGACAAGGUUCUCAUUCCUCAGUACGGCGGCUCGCCCGUCAAGGUUGGCGAGGAGGAGUACCACCUCUUCCGGGACAGCGAGAUUCUGGCCAAGAUCAACGAGUAA